CUCAUCGCUCCGCAGCCCAGCCCGGCCCGGCCCGGCCCAGCCUCGGCGUGCAGGGCCAGGGCGGGAGCCCGGUGCCCGGAGCCCGCAGGCCCGGGAAAUGAUCUCCACCAUCUCGAGCCCGUGGCUCACGCAGCUCUCUCACUUUUGCGAUGUUACAGCCUUCACGGCCAACAGUCUGAGCAGCCUCAGCGCCUCCGGGGGCUACCACCUCUCUCCUUCCCCGGCCGGGGACCCCUACGGGCAGCACGAGCCGCCGCAGCCGCAGCCGCAGGCGCCCCCACGCUACGACCCCUGCGCCGCCGGGGCCGCCGCGCCGCCCCACGGAUACCCCUUCUCGGCCCCCGGCGGCCCCAACCCUCCGGCCGGCGGCGAAGCCGAGGGUGCCGGGGCCAGCUGUGCCUCGGCCGGGCCGGGCCCCGGGGCCGUGGCUACCAAAGCGCCGGUGAAGAAGAAUCCCAAGGUGGCCAACGUGAGCGUGCAGCUGGAGAUGAAGGCUCUCUGGGACGAGUUCAACCAGCUGGGCACCGAAAUGAUCGUCACCAAAGCCGGCAGGCGCAUGUUCCCCACUUUCCAAGUGAAGAUCUUCGGCAUGGACCCCAUGGCCGACUAUAUGCUGCUAAUGGACUUCGUGCCGGUGGACGAUAAACGGUACCGGUACGCCUUCCACAGCUCCUCGUGGCUGGUGGCAGGGAAGGCAGACCCUGCCACUCCAGGCCGGGUUCACUACCACCCGGACUCCCCGGCCAAGGGCGCCCAGUGGAUGAAGCAAAUCGUGUCCUUUGACAAGCUCAAACUCACCAACAACCUGCUAGAUGACAAUGGCCAUAUCAUCUUGAACUCCAUGCACAGAUACCAACCCCGCUUCCACGUGGUCUACGUGGAUCCUCGCAAGGACAGCGAGAAGUAUGCGGAGGAGAAUUCAAAACAUUUCGUGUUCGAGGAGACCCGUUUCACGGCUGUUACAGCCUACCAGAAUCACAGGAUCACGCAGCUCAAGAUCGCCAGCAACCCCUUCGCCAAAGGUUUUCGGGACUGCGACCCUGAGGACUGGCCUCGCACCCAUCGGCCAGGAGCGCUGCCCCUCAUGAGUGCCUUCGCCCGCUCGCGGAAUCCGGUAGCCUCGCCCGCCCAGCAGAACGGGGCUGAGAAAGACGCUGCCGAGAGCCGGCGGGAGUACGAGCGAGAAGCCAGCGGGACCCCUCUGCACGCCGACCCGGCCCACCAGCAGCUCAUGUCCCGGGUGCUGAGCCCGGCGCUGCCCGUCCCGGGAGCCGGAGGCUUGGUGCAGAUCACGGCUACAGCGGGGGGCAGGCCGAGCCCCCCGCACCACGAACUGCGCCUGGAGGCGCCCAGCGCCUCGGAGCCCCUGCACCACCACCCCUACAAAUACCCGGCAGCCGCCGCGGCCGCGGCCUACGACCAUUACCUCGGGGCCAAGGGCAGGCCGGCGCCCUACCCUCUGCCCAGCAUCCGGGGUCACGGCUACCCCCACCCGCAUCACCAUCACCACCAUCACCACCACGUCAACCCCGCGGCCGCGGCCGCAGCGGCAGCGGCUAAUAUGUACUCCUCUGCAGGAGCUCCGGGGAACUACGACUACGGGCCCAGAUAACCGGCCUCCCCGGCCCGGCCCGGCCCGGCCCGGCCACCCCAGCGCCGCCGUCCAGCCUGGAUGCGCCGCCCUCCCUCCCCCCAUACCGCCUCCCAGCUCGGCUGGCACGCCCGGGUCCUCUCUGCAGCCCCAACCCUGCGGUCCGGCCCCAGACGUCCCGCCUGCGUGAGGCCUCAGCUCAACCUGGGCCUGGGUCCCUCUCUCAGGCCGGGCUUUUCUCUCUGAGCGCAGCCUCACCAUCCAUCCCAGGUCCCCCCUCCAAACCCAGCCACCCCAGCCGUCCAGCCCCGCCCCCGUCCCCGGCCUGCAGCUCCCCAAAGCUGCCCGCAGACGGUGUGCUGCAUGGUGUGUGCGCCCCCUCCGCUCCGUAGCGUGUGUCUGUCCGCGGAGGGCGCUUUUGUGCUGAAGUGGGAACGUCGCCGUUUUUCGGCUGAUGGUUUUGCUUUGUCCCCUAUCCCUUUUCUCCAAGGGGGUCCCCGGGCCCGGACCCCCUUCACCCUUGCUUGCCCUCCCACAAGCCUGGGGAUCCAGCUGUGAGUCUUCCUUCCCUGGGACGCCUAGUUCUUAGCAGGGCCCACUCGACACCGGCCUCCCCUCCUGGUGCCCAGCUCCCACGCGGGACAUCCUGUCCCUGGUGCUCCCGUAGCCUCCUCCCUUCCUAAGGCCUCCGGCUCCAGCCCCCAGCGUCCUCCUCCUUCCCCUGGGAUACAAUGUCCCCGAGGUUGUCCUCAGCCUUGGCCAAUUCCCUCCCCCAGCCACGUGCCGGGCGGAGAGCCAGCUGUGGCUCCAGCUUCCAGAGCGUAGGCCGAGCAGCCUCCCUGCAGGGAGGCGUGGCCUUGAAGGAAGUGACCGCUGCCCCUUUCCCCGGCGCCCUGGAUCAGCCGCGCCAUCUUGUUGCUCGAGGCCACGGGAAAGUAGGGAUACACCCUGGAUCUCAGGCCCUCAGGCAGCGACGGAGGGGGAAACAGGCCCAGAGAGGGAAAGAGAUCCCCCCCUUCCAUCUGACAAGAGGGAACUGAAGCCCAGAGAGCUUAGAGAUUCUCUCCUCCACCUGCCCCCCCUUUAAUCAAUCAGUUAACAAGCAUUUAGGAAGCACCUACUAUGUGCCAGGCAAUGUGCUAAAUGCUGGGGAUACAAAGAGGCAAAAAAAACCCCAGACCUUGAUGUCAAGGAAGUCACAGUCUGAUAGGGGAGACAGCGUGCAAGAAAGCUGUGGCCAGACUGUAUUGGAAAUAACCCACACGGCACCUUUUUACAGAGGAGGAAACUGAAGCCCAGAGAGCCGGGAGUCCAUCUGCCCCCUCUACAGAGGCUCAGUUCGAUUUAACUGGCCUUCAAGGCCCAUUUAAUCCUUGCCAGGUUCUGUGCCAGGAGCUAGGGACAGAAAGACAAAAGUAAACUGUCCUCAAGGAAUUUCUGUUCUGAAAGGGAGAGUGUGGCACAGACCAGCCCUACAGGCUGCAGAUCCAGGGCGAUCCCUCUUAUUAAUCUCCGAGCUUUUGGACGAGUCACGAAAUGACUGAAUCCUCUUGGAGCCGGAUCCAGUCCCUAUAAGGGAAAAAUUCCCUUCUGUGUCAUACCUGACAAGUGAUCAUCCAGUCUGUUUUUGAGGAGCUGCAGUGAUGGGCAGCUCACUAUCUCUUCUAGCACCCCAUUCCACUUUUCAGGUCUUUCCUGCAUUGGUUUUCUCCUUGGUUAAAUGAGAGACUUGGACCAGAUGAUCUUUGUUAGGGAUUCUGUGGUCCUGUAUGCACAGGAUUGGGGGAGGGGGAUCUGAAUUUAGGGAAAAGGUAGAGUUUAUGUGUUGGGUUGUAAUCGUGGGAUUUGGGGGGCAAAGCUGGAAGGGGAUCAUGGGCCUCCUGGUGAGAUUCUGAACCAACUCCUGGCUCUGCUUCUAGCCCCAGCCCUGUGUGCAGCAGAGCCAGACCCUUCAGGGGCUCCAAGAUGGAGAUGAGAAAGGGACCCUAGAAGUCACGUGGCUGGACUCCUCUGCCCCUCUCCAGACCUGUGACUUGCCUAGGACAGACAGUGGAGGAGGACUUGAGCCCAGACUUUCUCACUUCCCAUCCAGCACUCUUUCCUCAGUAGCAGGAGUCCCCUCUGGGCCUCAGUUUACUCCUCUGUAUAAAUAAGGCUUUUGCCUUCAUGAUCUCGAAAUUCCCUUUUCAGGAUGAUCUUUGGUGGCUUUUGGCUGGCUUCCUGGGUCCCAGCUGUACCUCCCUGUCCCACCCCAUCCUUAUCACAGAAUAACAGAUGGGGAAGAAAGUUGAGAGCUCAUCUCCACACAAGACCUAUUGUGUACAAAGAGAAGGAAAUGUGGCCAGGGCCCCCCAACUCCCCAGGCUGUCAGUCUGCCACCUCAGGGCUUCUGAUCAGCACCUCCCCUUCCCCUGGUCACAAGGCCCCCCAUAGAGCAGGGCUACUGAUGUCUCCUGGCUGAGGAGGAGGAGGAGGAGGAGGAG